UUAGGGGGAACAUUUGGUGCUAAGAAAGCUGGUUUGGUGGGAGAAUACUGUAGACUUUUCUCAUUUGUCUCUUGGUCUCUCCCUCAUAACAAUUUCAGGAUUUGCCCAGUAACUGUAUGUACCCAGUAUAUGUCAGGGGUUUCACAGUAUUUAGAUCCAGAGAAUAACAUGAUUAUUUUAAGUCUACCAUGAAAAUGGCCCUUUUUGAGCAUGAGUAAGCCAAAAAGAAUAACAAAUGCAUUAUGGAAGAAGUACAKUCUCCCUCUGUUCCAGGACUGUGUCAGCCAUUAAGUUUGCAGCACACAAAAAAAAAGCAUCCCUGGUUCAGGAAAGUAAAAAAGUCACAGACUCCUAGGAGAAGGAGGAACGAGGCUUUCUGCCUCGUCUUGGGGCAGAUUUGUCUGUCAGCAAUAUGUCUGCAGCACAGAGAGGUGAAGUGACUUGCAAAAUUUAUUCAAUGCGUGUCAAGGCAAGGAGCAGUGUCACAGAGGUUGGAUCAGUCACCUUGGUCCCUCUGAAGGAGCAGACCCGUGUUUCUGUGCCACUCCGGUUCCCAUUUAAUGAAACCAUCACCAGCUGCCUUUUCUUUGCCCUUAGGUUGUGCCUCUGACCUCUCCAUCUCUUGCUCACGCAAGAGAUUGGGAGGUUUAGAGGGCAGCUCCACCUGGCAAAUGUCACAUGCCCUCUUCUAAGAGGUAUGGCACCUUAGGUGACUGUCUGCCUAAGCUUUGGGCAUUGAGUUACUGGUCUAGUUCACUCCCCCUCAGUCUGGUGCAUCUGUCCUGGCAGYUGGGUGUCUCCCGUGUCCAUCAGUCGGGUGUGCUGCAGGCUGAGAGCCGGGGAGGUGAGCGUUGCCUCUGCCUGCRCUGUCUCAGAGCUCUUGUGCCCAGCUCACCACCCUCAGGCGUGCAGCUGCAUGAUCAGCACUUGCUGAUCAACUCCUGGUUUUCAAGGUUAAAAAAGAAAGGUAAAGAAGAAAAAAAUGGUGUGUCGCUUUAACUGUAAGUGAUUGCUCAUGUAUUUAGGGUAAGUACUUCUGUGUCUGUGCUGCCGGAGUUAAACUGGUGAAAUGGUGUGGGUCAUGCUGUCAGUCAGUGAAGCGUAUGCCUGUUAUGUAAAGGUUUUAAUUACUUUCUUCAUCUGUCUGCUUAGGAGUACCACGCGUCUGGCAAAAUUUUGAGAAGGCUCAAGGCGUUAAAGAAAGCUCAUCUAAAUAAAGGAGGGUUAACGUGACAUUGCAGUUACUUAAUCCUGUAUUGUCCUGCCAUGUGACUGCAGGGACACUGAGGCGCAGCAUUUCUUUUGCGUGGUGCACAGAUUAUGCUUUUCCGUCGUCUUCGAGAAUCAGUUGCUUUGUGGAACACCAUGGGAAAGAAAGAGAGGUGCAACAUUCUUUUUACAGCAAGACUUCAACAUGCAGUGACAUUUCCAAGGUACGGUGACAAGCUCACAGACUGAAGAAUGAAUCAAAGGCAGUCGCUACAGUCAGCUUUUGGACUCUUACCAGAAUCGAGGAGAACUACACUCUUAAGGUCAGCUACUCAAAAUUAACUAGAAGUAUCUGGAUUUAUUCAGAGCAGCUAAGCAGUUUUCUGUUUGACCUUUAUCUAUCAAGGUAGGUCUCAAAGCAUCAAGCUAAAGUUUUGUGUCAAAUAUUUUUCAUGUGUCAAAUGUGCUGCAUAGACAGUGAAUACCCCGCCACUUUCUUGCACAAAGUUUGCAGUUUUAAUUGUAAAGCCUUUUUCACCUUGCAGCUGAAGAUCCUGACGCACUAAAUCUGUUAGUGAGAAAUGGAUGUAUACAACUUCUGGUUUCAUGUCUGAUUUUGAACAGGACAUGCAAUAUGUAGAUGUGCCGGAUUUGUUUUUGAACGAAUUUCCAAACUAGUCCUCAGACUUUCCAUAAGCUGCUUUUUUUUUUUUUUCUUUUUUCCCUCCUGCGUUUGUCACACUACUCAUAAUGAGCAAGAUUGCAUUUUCAUACAGAAUUACUUCAUUUAAACUUACCAGGACAUCUUGUUAAAUGGGGAAGUGAUUACCCUAUAGACUAUGACAACAGGACAUGUGAAUGAAGGAAGUCUUGGAAAAUACCGCUGUUCCAGGUGGCAUCAUGAGGACAGCCGAGAAGAUGCUGGGCAUGCAGAGUGCUAUGGAGAAGAUGAAGAGGGCAGACAGCACAGGCUGACCCCAUUUGAGAAACUAAUGCAGGAUAUGUCUCAUAAUGAAAAAGUGGUGAAAGAAUUAACCCUGGGAAAGAGAAUUGCCUUCUAUCGAGUCAGAGGAGAGAUAGGAAGUGGGAAUUUCUCACAAGUGAAGCUUGGAAUUCAUUCCCUAACCAAAGAGAAAGUUGCAAUUAAGAUUUUGGACAAGACAAAGCUAGACCGGAAGACUCAGCGUUUGCUAUCUCGUGAGAUAUCCAGCAUGGAAAAGUUGCACCACCCAAAUAUCAUCAGGCUGUAUGAAGUGGUGGAGACACUCUCAAAACUGCACUUGGUGAUGGAGUAUGCAGGAGGCGGGGAGCUCUUCACUAAAAUCAGUACAGAAGGAAAGAUGCUAGAAACAGAGUGUAAAAUAAUCUUCUCCCAGAUUGUGUCUGCUGUGAAGCACAUGCAUGACAAUAAUAUCAUUCACCGGGACCUGAAAGCGGAAAAUGUCUUCUACACCAGUAACACCUGUGUUAAGGUGGGAGACUUUGGAUUCAGCACAAUCAGUAAAAGAGAUGAAACUUUAAAAACUUUCUGUGGCUCUCCUCCUUACGCUGCGCCUGAACUCUUCCGGGAUGAAAACUAUAUUGGCAUCUACGUGGACAUCUGGGCACUGGGAAUCCUCUUAUACUUCAUGAUGACAGGUAGCAUGCCAUUUAGGGCAGAUACAGUAGGCAAACUGAAAAAGUGCAUUCUUGAAGGGACAUACACUUUGCCUCCCUGCCUCUCAGAAAAUUGCCAGAAAUUGAUAAAAGGAGUACUUCAGCCAGUACCAACCAAGCGAUACUCUGUCAAACUGAUUAUGAACAGUGAAUGGAUGCAAGGAAUACAAUUCCCCAAACCUUUACAGACAUUUAAACUGGAUCCAAAGUAUUUAUCAGACAUCAGUACACUGAAAGAAGAAGAAAUGGAAGUGAAAAAUAUUCUGGAGGAUCUGGGAAUUACAGAACAGCACAUCCAAAACAACAGGGGAAGAGAUGCACGCAGCUCAAUAACAGGGGUCUACAGAAUUGUGUUGCACAGAGUACAGAAGAAAAGAGCACUUGAAUCUGUUCCUAUCAUGUCCCAUCCAGAUCCCAAAGAAGAUGACUCAAGGAAUGGAAUCAAUUCUUACAAUGGGAUUAAGCACACUUCCAAGCUAUGUUCUAUUUUAUAAAAUUGCACCGCAAGCUUUAUGCUCAGCACAUUUGACAAAAGGGGAUUAUUUACUUAAGUUCUAGUGUUACUUUUUUUUUU